CUUCUGCGGGCGUACUCGCGAACCACCACGGACUCUUCCAGUUCCUUAGCAGCGAUUCGGUUGACCGUCGCUCAAUGAAGGAGACGUUGGAAUAUCUCUCUCUGAUGCCACAUAUGGCAGGUACCGCGGGCGAUCGAGUGCUUGCGAAGUACGUGGAGGCGGUGUUCGCGCGCAGCCUUCACUCCAUUGAGACCCGCGAAAUCGCCACCUUCUUAGACUACCCCAACAAUGACAAGCUUUCCAUCAAAGUGAGCGGUGACGCAAACUUUGACGUGGUUUUGAAUGAGGGCAAGUCCGACAUGGAGUACCUUGCGUUCAACCCCAACUCCCUUGGAGGAGAGUUCACCACCAACAAGCUCGUAUAUGUAAACUACGGCAGAGCUGAAGAUUAUGCCAAGAUAGGGGCCUUGGAUAAUGCGCUCUGUUUGGUGCGCUACGGCCAGACGCACCCCGGGACAAAGCUCCAAGUCGCAGAAGGGCGGUGCCAGGCGGUCAUUUUCUUCGCCGAUGACCCCGCGUUUCCAGACGCGAUCAUCAAGGACAACGUGGCAAAUCUUAAUAAUUCUCCUGGAGAUGUGCUCACGCCUGGCUGGGAGUCCUCCAACGAUCUCAGACUGACCUGGGAGCAAAGUGCGAGCACCCCGAAGGUGCCAUCGGUGCCGAUUUCCCUCUCUGAGGCCAAGAAGCUCCUUGCCCUUCUCAAAGGAGGUGUUCAGUUUGGUGAUUGGUGGUCAGGAAGCACUGGUGGCCUUGCAAAGACAAAGAUCCACUUUAAGGUCAAGCCCACAAUACGCGAAAGGCACCCGAUCUGGAACGUGAUAGGGCAUAUUCCCGGGCGUGAGCAGAAGAGCAAGGGUAUCAUCAUUGGCGCUGCACGCGACGCCGCAUGCUACGGUACCAUGAGCGCAAACACGGGUACUGUUGUGAUGCUCCAGCUCGUGGAACUCUUUGAGACGCUUCGCGUGAAGUACGACUGGACGCCGUUGCGGAGCAUCUACUUUGCUUCAUGGGACGGCACCGAGUACAAUCUCCAAGGUGCCGCAGAACACGUCGAGCAGCACUUUCAUGAGCUCAAGUCGUUUGGUUACGCUUACAUCGAUUUGAGUGAUGCGGUGACCGGGACAGAUCUUGCGGUGGAUGCCCACCCGGCCCUUCAGGCUGCGGUUAAGGAAGCGUUAGGACUGGUGGCUUCUCCUAAAGAUAACUCCUCAUCGUUGUUUCAGCAUCAUUUCCAGGGAAACCAUGGGACCCGAUUUGCCUACCUCAACGAGCUUGAGAAGAACUACGUUCCGUUCAACUCGUUUGCGGGGAUCCCCUCUUUGGAGGUCAAGUUUAAGGGGACCGCUUAUCCCGAAAACAGUUGCUACGAUAACUUUGCGUUCUUCGAGAAGCAUGGCGAUGCGGAUAUGACGUAUCAUACCACGCUUGUGCGCGUAUUGGCGCGUCUCGCGAUCAAGCUCGUGGAUAUGCCGUUUAUUCCGUACGAUCUACAUGAUUAUGUAGGGAUGGUGGACCCAUUCGUCCAGGACAUCGACAAACAUGCGAAAAGUCACGGAAAGCAGCUUGAUUUUGGGUCGAUGAACAAGGCGAUACGCCAAUUCCAACAGAUCGCGAAAGACUACCACCUCCUGACCGCGAACUGGAAGGAGUACGUUUACGGAAAGUACAGCAUGGACGACCCCAUCGACGUGUUGGAGCCGGUAGGACUUUCUGCCAGACGGAUGCACUUAAAUGAGCGCUUGACUGCGUUUGAAAAGUAUUUGCUCGCUACGGGGGGGAACAGCCGCCGCCCUGCGUACCGCCAUAUGCUCUUUGGUGCACUGUAUCGCGCGCCCGAUAACGACGCGAUGCAUCAGUACGGUGAGGGGUACUGGGCGACCUUCCCAGUGGUUAGGGAUGCGAUGGAGCGCGGUGACUGGGAGGGUGUUCAGCGGGCAUUGAACACCGUGGCGAAUGCGCUCAGCACUGCUUGUGAACAUUUUUUUAGGGAAUGGUAGGGGUGUGCUGCUAGAGGACAUAUUUAGCUGGUGUUAGUGCGGGAAUGAGUAUUCCCUAGAUGUGUUAAUAGUGUGGUGAUCGCUCAAGGCUAUGGUUCAUUCCCUAGAACUCUUGUAAGUGGGCUUGGAUGUAUUGAAAAGCGAAUAAGGCAUGGAUAUUGAUGAUAUAUAUAGGCUAGUGUUAAGGUAGGAGCCAUAAGGGUUUAAAUUUUUGGUUAUUA